UUGUUGAAAACAGGAGAUUAGAGGAGUUUUUAGAUUUGGAAUAGAGAUUAGAGAUCAUGAGUGGAGAUGCAGAGCCGAAGCUUGACGAUGAUCAAAUUGCGGAGCUUCGUGAGAUUUUCCGGUCAUUUGAUAGGAACAAUGACGGAAGUUUAACGCAGCUUGAACUCGGAUCGUUGCUUCGAUCAUUAGGAUUAAAGCCGAGUAAUGAUCAAUUGGAGGAUUUAAUCCAGAAGACAGAUAGGAACAGCAAUGGAUUGAUUGAGUUUUCGGAAUUUGUGGCUUUGGUGGCGCCGGAGCUUAUAGCGGCGAAGUGUCCAUACUCGGAGGAACAGCUAAAGAAGAUUUUUCAGAUGUUUGAUAGGGACGGUAAUGGUGUGAUCACGGCGGCGGAGUUAGCGCAUUCUAUGGCUAAAUUAGGACAUGCACUUACACAAGAGGAGUUAACAGGGAUGAUCAAGGAAGCUGAUAGGGAUGGUGAUGGUUGCAUUAGCUUUGAGGAGUUUGCUCAGGCGAUGACUUCCGCUGCAUUCGAUAAUUCCUGGACAUGAAACGCCUUUUCUUUCUGGCGAAAGAAAAAACAGACUUGGGCUCGAACAAGGACUAAUUUCAAUCAACGAAGCUAUCAGGCUGAAAUAGAUGGGAAUGUUCCAAAAUGAGUUCA